AUGAAAUCUAUCAAAGAAAAUUCAACUUUGCUACGAUUCAUCUGUGACCACGACAAGGCUCAUAAUGUUGGGGAAUCAGAUUACCUGCAACUGUCUCUGAAUGAUUUUAGGGCUGAUGUUAUUGAAUUAUCUUAUUACAGCACUGGCGUAUGGAUCAAACGUGCUAAAAUCGGAGGAAUUAAGCUAAAUAGCAAUUGUGCAUCUUAUGUAUACCAAGACAGCGCUACAACCCUGCAUGGCAGAAUGAAACUUUUUGAAUGUGAUUUCAAACCGUCUACAACAUCUGAAUGUUCAAACCACUCUGGAAUUGUUUCACUCUUUGGCAAUUACAAGGGAACUCACUGUCUUGAAAAAACACAUGUAUGUUUAAUUAAAAGUGAAUCCACCACGUAG